AUGGAAAGGUCGAAGUUUUCUGGUAAGAACACUAGAGAUCGUGAGAUCGUGAUCCGCUCAGCAAGCUCUUCUACGGUGUAUACAGCUGCAGAGAAAAAUGACAUUGAUGUUUUGAUCCAGCUUCUUGAACAAGGAGCUGAACCUGACGGGAUUAAUAAAAAUGGCUGGACGCCAUUACAUGCAGCAUCGUAUAACGGCAACACAUCGGCAGUUGACAUCUUGAUCCAGAAUGGGGCUUCCGUGGAGGCUCAAACUCCCGAAACUGGCUACAGGCCACUCCACAAGGCAGCAGAACGAGGUUUUACUGAAGUCAUUAGCAUUCUACUAAAGAAUGGAGCGAACAUUGAAGGUCCGACAGCAAAAAAUGCAACACCUUUCUUCUGGGGGUGGACACCAUUAUACCACGCUGCCAAAAACGGUCACGCUAGUGUAGUAGAUCUGCUUCUACAAGGCGGCGCUGAUGGAAACCGGCAGACAGAUGCAGGCUGGAGUACUUUGCAUACGGCAAGCUAUUAUGAUCGCUUUUCCGUUGUAGAAAAACUCAUGCAACCAGAAUAUCGUGCCAACACAGAGCUUCAGAUCAAAGCUGACGGCUACCGACCACUACACAAAGCGGCAGAGGGUGGUUAUGUACGAAUUAUCCGAAAGCUAGUGUCUGAUGGUGCUGAAAUCGAUGGGCUGACGUACAAAACUGCAACCCCUCUCUAUAUUGCCUGCCGAGAUGGACGCAUUGAAGCCGUAAAGCUGCUACUUCAACUCGGUGCUUCAGUUGAGGUCGCAGCUUCUGGAGGUUGGACACCACUUUAUAUUGCUGCACGUAAUGGCUAUGACGAGAUAGUAAAUGUAUUACUCCAAGCGGGCGUGGAAAAAAACCAUCAGACUGCCGAAGGAUGGACGUCGCUACAUGCAGCAUGCUACUGGGGGAAAAAGAUGGUAGUGCAGCGGUUGCUUCACGAAAAGGUUGAUAUUGAGAUAGAGAUCUAUUUGGACGGUUAUCGUCCUCUGCACAAGGCCGUCGAAAGUGGUCAGAAUGAAAUAACGACGCUUCUGCUGUUAGAAAACGCCGAUGUUAACGCGAAAACUAUCGGAAAAGACACUCCUCUCUAUAUCGCAGCAAAGCAAGGGUACCUAGAAGUGGCGCAACAGCUUUUGGACCAUAGCGCCGAUCUAAGUAUACCUAAUUCAAAAGGAUGGACGAUACUACAUGCCGCUGUAUAUUCUGGAAAUAAGGAGGUAAUCCGGCUUCUCCUUGAUCGGGGAGCCAAUGUCAAUGCCACCAACAAGGAAGGACAGACAGCAAUAAAUCUUGCAGAAUCACGCGACGACCAGCAGCUAGUCGAACUUCUGGCCAAACAUGGAAAGGAGCCUGUACCAACUAUUCCUAAUCUCUCCACUAUCACCACUGGGCGAGCGGAGACACUCUCGGAGAGAUGGUUUCAGAAAAUCGAGGAUCUCGCUGCUGUGCUGCGUCCGGAAAGAAGAGACCCAUACCCCCCCGUACGAAUCGCUAUUAUAGACAGCGGAAUGCAAAAAGACCAUCCUUAUUCGCAGUCUGUUAAGGUUUUUCGAGACUUUGUAAAAGACGAUAGCUCUCUAAACAGUCAUGGUGGAACGCCAAACAACCCAGAAAUAAGUGAUGAAGAGAUUGAUAAUACAAAACAUGGUUCGAAUGGUAUUCACUUGAUCGGCCGACUUGCCCCUAAUGCCGAUUUGUACGUGGUGCGUGUCUUUCAGGAUAGCGCCGCUUCAUCCAAUACACAGGAUCUUAUAGCCAAGGCGAUACGGCAUGCACGAGAUAAUUGGAAAGUGGAUAUCAUCACGUUGGCAUCUGGUUUUGACCAGAGUCACAAGGAGAUGGAAAAGGAGAUCUACAUGGCAGAGGCUAGUGACAUUUUGAUCUUCGCAGCUGCCAGUAACGAUGGGAAUCAAGAAUAUAUCACGUUUCCUGCAAAUAUGGUUGGUCAUACCAUGGCAAUGUUUGCAUGUAAUGGCAAUGUCAAGGUCACGAAUGAUUUCAACCCGUCUCCGAGCCGCAAUAGUCGGUAUAACUUUGCAGUUCUGGGUGAAAACAUUCGCAUUAAUCCAUUUGACACUAAGCCGGAAAGUGGAACUUCAAUGUCAACCUUUAUUGGCGCCGCCAUUGCUGCUCUAGUUGUUGAUUUCAGCAACCAAAAAGAUGUGAAAGAAUUUAUCGAGCAUCGUGAAUACGUCAAAAGUGUAGCAGGGAUGACGGCAAUUUUUGCUGAGAUGGCUAUCGCGGGUAGUAGUCAAGAUUAUCACUGUGUGGCCCCGUGGAAAUUGCUUUCGUCAUCGCGAGUAGAUCGAAAGCGCCAAAGAGAGAAACUUUGUCACAAGAUAUCAAGUUUAUUGGAGGCAAGAUAUCGAUAG